UCAUCUUAGAGACGAGGUUCCUACCCACAUUAUUGACGGUAUAGCGCUUGUCUGCGGUGCUUGGUUGUACCGCUAGGUCAAACCUUAACGCCAGGGUGCCAGGAACCAAUACUAGGUUAUCCGUUAGGCGGGGAACGCCCACAUACAGCGUUUCUCCAGGCUUUGCGCUAGAAGGUGUGAAUGUGACCCGGUGAAAGGUGCGUUCUGCUUUCAGCCCGCCAACCUGCUUAGGCAAUACGUUGGGAUUUAACUUUGAGCUUAUCAUAUAUAAUGGAAGUAGAAGGAACAGACCCCGACUUCGAUCCCACCACUGAGGAAGGUCAGGCUGACAUUAACGACGGUGAUGAAGAACCGCUGCUUCCCAUCGACGAUUCCCUAAGGGAUAGGAUUACAAAGGCCUUAAGACAUCCCAAAGCACGCGAGUACACGUUUCCGCGUGAGCACAUAGAGCUUCAAAACAUGGGCGAGCCGGCGGGGGAAACCGUAGAGUGGGCAAUGCGAGAACUAAAUGAGCUUUAUCCCCACCUUGACGACAACGAGAUAAGGCUCACGGAAGAAGGAAACAAAGUCCUCAUAAGCGUUAAAGACAUGAGGUCUCCCGACAAAGACCGCUGGACAAAACCACAGGCCCUCUUCGACGAAAAUGGUGCAGUUAAGAAUAACGUGGAAAGGUUAAGGGGCUUCCAAGCGGCCACCCGAAGCAUGUUAGAUAGGUUGGAAGCCCUAACCGAAAGGGUCACGACAGAAAAACGCGCCGAGGAACUGCAAAAGGCGCUGGAAGAAAAAGAGGCGGCGUACGAAAAGCAAAGCCAACUACUUGCUAAUGCUGAGAAGAAGUUUAGUCAACAAGACGUAAGAAUGGAAGAAAUGGCAAAGCACUUAGAUCAGGCUUUACGUGAUCGGGAUAAAGCAGAAAGGGAGUUGGAGGAGGCUAAGAAAUCACAUGCUCCAACAGCGGCGUUAGAAAAAGCGCUAAAGGAAAAGGAAACAAGCUAUAAAAAACAAUUACAGCAGCUAAGACGAAGUAAAGAUGAAAAUAUACGAAUAAUUACGCGAGAAACUGAAAAGGCUUUAGAUGAAAGGGAUAGAGCUCGACAGGCUUUUCGCCUUGCCCUGCAGGACCUAAACAUGAGUCAGGAGGAAGUUAGGAACUUACAAAGCACUAUAGAGGGCUCUUUAGAGGAACGGCGGCAGUUGGUUGCCGAAAUCAAUACCAAAGAAGAGCAAAUCCGACAA